UUUUCUUUGUUUUUUUUUUUUUUCUUUUACUUUCAGUUUCUUCUUUUGCUUUUUUGGGGAUUUUUGGUAAACGUGCAUAAUUUUGCGCUCGGUAAGUCUUAACCUUUCUUAGAUUACGAUAUCUACUUGUCUGAACAUCAUAUGUUAACUUCUGCUAUAUAUGGCUCAUUCUCUCUCGAAAUAUAUAUAUGUUUAUGUAUGUAUAUGUGUGUAUUUUUGUGCUGUGUACCAUAUGUAUGUUUUGAUGGUAAGAGAAUAGAGUGAUUUAUCAAUGGGUUUUAGUACAGAAUAUCUAGGAAAUUUUAGUGAGCUAAUGGAAGACUUGUGAGUGGUACUUUUAGAAAGAGGAUGUGAAUCUAUGGAUAUAUAUGAUGAUUUUCAGUACUGUAAAAUUUGGGGUUCUCCAAACAGUUGGGUUAGGCUGCAUGUUAUUAUUAUCAAUGUAAUGUUAGUGAAGUUUGGAAAAUUCUAUAUUGUCGUACACCAUGUUAUUUUGAAAACUUGACAUUGCAUGUGAUAAAUGUAGUUUUCUAUUUGUGUCUGGCUAGAAAAAAAUGUUUAUAUUGCACCAUUUGGUAGUUUCUUAGGGUCUUGUGGUUACAAAGGCGGUGGAUUAGAUAUAAUUUUUUAUGAAAAUUGGAAAAAAUUUACAAUCUUUUCAUUCUACCUAACUUAGAAAUCGUUACCGAUGUAGUACCUAGAUUCUUGGCUGACACCAUUUAUUUUUGUUGUUACUAAUCUAAAAUGUGCCUAGUGGACAAUGCAUUGCAGGUACAGAAACUGACACCAUUUACUUUUUUUCCUUUCUGCUGGAGGAUCAAGAAGGUUGAGCUAGCUUGCUAAGCAAUCAUGAAGGGAAGGCAUUUACAUAAUAGCACACAUCCAUUUGAUGCAUUUCCUUUUGAGACUUUUCAUUAUGGUUCAUGGAAACCUGUGGAGCGCUUAAGAAUUAAGGAUGGGGCUAUUGCCAUGCAUUUGGUAGAUAAUGAAGUUGAAAUUGUGGAGAAUAUUCCCAUGUCAAACCUCAGAAUAAGGUCGAGGAAAGCAAUUUUGUCUGAUUGCACCUGCUUUUUGAGGCCUGGACUUGAUAUUUGUACACUUGUGACCCCUCAGCAUGAAGAAAAUUCAGGCGAAGAGGAAAACCUGGAGCCUGUCUGGUUCGAUGCUAAAAUAAAAUCCAUCGAGAGGAAGCCUCAUCAAUCUAAAUGUGAUUGCCAGUUUUACGUCAGCUUCUAUGCUUCCCAAGGCCCUCCUAGUAUGUCAAAGAAAUCGCUUAGUAAAGAGAUCAACAUGGUGCAAAUUGAUCAAAUUUCCAUCCUUCAAAAGCUUAAACAUAAUCCUUGUGAAAAUGAGCACUACCGAUGGAACUUCUCUGAGGACUGCUCUUCACUGCAAACUUUUAAAUUGUUCACUGGUAAAUUCUCAUCUGACCUAUCAUGGUUAGUCGUUGCAUCUGUCCUGAAGCAAAUUGUAUUUGAUGUAAGAUCAAUACAGAACAGGAUUGUCUACAUAAUUUGUGAUGAUGAUCAUGGCAAGCGUCCAUUGAAGUCUGGUAAGCAUUCAAAUUCUAUAAAUUUCAAAUUAGAGGAUGGAAUUUUGAUCCCUAUCCUAGUUCCAUUUGUUCCCGUUCGUUCUCCUGAAGAGGGAUCUGAUUCUGACAUGCAUGACGUGGGACCAUUGUCCAUAUAUGAUCUAAUGGACUUGAGGCGCUCCAAGCGGCGAUAUGUACAACCUGAGCGUUACUUGGGUUGUGGUGAUUUGUCAGAGUCGGAUAUAAAUGUGGCUCGGACAACAGGGAUAUGCAAGCCUUUGAGAUGGGAAUAUGAAGAAAUGCCGUUGGCUUUAUCAAUCCAGGCUGAUCAUGCAUAUUACUCAGGCAAGCAUGUUGAUAAAGAUGAUUCCUAUGAGAGUGUCAGUUGCCAAAAUAAGAUCAGAUCAAGAGAGGUCAAGUCGGUUUUAGCUGAUGGAAGAGAGCAUGAAUCUCAACUUGCUAUUGUUCCUCUGCCUGCCGAAAAUGAUCUAAUGGUGGUCCAUGAAGAGGAUCCUCUUGAUGCUGAAAUUCCAAGCAAUCAUUCAGGAGCAAUUGGUGAAUUAUUUUCGAAGUAUCAACGCAUAAGAGAUGCCCGUGCAGCAUAUAAAGAGAAACACUCCGAGGUAAAAUAUCUGGAAAUUGGAGAUGGGUGGGAUGGGAAGAAAUCACAUAAAAAAUACCCAGGAAAAACAUAUUCUUCCAUCCGAACACAAAUUGAGAGUUACGAUGAUUCAAGAACUUCCAGAAAGAGAUGCUUCAGUGCAGGUAUGUAUAGGGACUUAAUAAGAAAAUGCAUGAAGAACAUUGAAUCCACAAUGAACAAAGAACAGCCACUGAUAAUUGAUCAGUGGAAAGAAUUCCAAGCAGCAAACUUCUUGGACCACGGGAAUAGUAAUGACAUGGCCUCAACGGACAAUAAUGAAGAAAGCUCAGAACUUGAAAUGUUGUGGAAGGAAAUGGAACUUUCUCUUGCAUCAACUUAUCUUCUUGAAGAUAAUGAGGUUUCCAACGUUGAAGUCCCUGCUGAAGAUGUGGAAGAAUCAAGUAAACACAAUGGACAAGUUUGCCGACAUGAAUAUAAACUAAAUGAAGAGAUUGGAAUUGUGUGCCAAUUAUGUGGUUCUGUGAACACUGAAAUUAGAGAUGUCUGCCCACCCUUCUUGCAAUACCCAAGCUGGACGAAAAGCAGGGAACCACAAAGCAAAGAAGAUUCUGAGCAUAAUGAGGAGGAUGCAAACCAUGAUUUUAUUUCCAUACCUGCUGCUUCUGACAUGCCCUUAUCAGAAGGGAACGACAAUGUGUGGGUUCUCAUACCUGAUCUUAGAGAGAAAUUGCGUUUCCAUCAAAAGAGGGCAUUUGAGUUUCUGUGGCGGAACAUUGCUGGCUCUAUGGUACCAGCACUGAUGGAACCGGCAUCCAGAAACCGAGGCGGAUGUGUUAUUUCUCACUCUCCUGGGGCUGGGAAAACACUCCUCAUCAUUGCAUUUCUUGUGAGCUACCUGAAGUUAUUCCCAGGAUCAAGGCCUUUGGUCCUUGCUCCAAAGACAACACUCUAUACCUGGUACAAAGAAAUAAUUAAGUGGGAAAUUCCAAUUCCAGUUUAUCAAAUCCAUGGUGGUAGAACCUACAGAGGUGAAAUCCUAAGGCAGAAAUUGAAAUUAUCUCCUGGAGUUCCAGGACCCAAUCAGGAUGUUAUGCAUAUUUUGGACUGUCUAGAGAAAAUACAGAAGUGGCUUUCGCAACCCAGUGUCCUCCUCAUGGGUUAUACUUCAUUUCUCACGUUGACGCGAGAAGAUUCAAGGUUUGCUCACAGAAAAUACAUGGGCCAAGUCUUGCGGGAAUGUCCGGGGCUCUUGAUACUUGAUGAAGGGCACAAUCCAAGAAGUACUAAAUCAAGGUUAAGAAAGGGUUUGAUGAAAGUUGAUACAGGGCUGAGAAUUUUACUCUCAGGUACAUUGUUCCAGAAUAAUUUUGGUGAAUAUUUUAAUACCCUCAGCUUGGCAAGACCAACCUUUGUUAGUGAGGUAUUGAUGGAAUUGGAUCCAAAGUUCAGGAGGAGAAAAAAAGGUGCAAAAACACGCUUUUCACUUGAGAAUCGAGCAAGAAAAUUUUUCAUCGAUAAAAUCGGGAGUAGGAUCAAUUCAAACAUACCGGGAGAAAGACUGCAGGGUCUGAAUAUAUUGAAGAAUCUGACAAGUGGAUUUAUAGAUGUACAUGAAGGUGGAAGCUCUGACAACCUUCCUGGUUUACAAAUUUACACCCUAAUGAUGAAGUCAACAACUAUUCAACAGAAAAUUCUGGUAAAACUUCAAAAUCAAAGGCCUGUAUACAAAGGAUUUCCACUAGAGUUGGAGCUUCUGAUUACUCUGGGAUCAAUACAUCCUUGGUUGAUCAGAACUACAGAAUGUGCCAAGCAAUAUUUCGGCAUUGAGGAGUUGGAGUCUCUUGAAAAAUACAAGUUUGACCUUAAAAUAGGUUCGAAAGUGAGAUUUAUUAUGAGCCUUGUGCCUCGGUGUCUAAUCAGGAAUGAGAAGGUUCUGAUAUUUUGCCACAACAUAGCUCCCAUUACUCUAUUUCUAGAGAUAUUUGAGAUGUUCUAUGGGUGGCGGAAGGGUGAGGAAGUUCUGGUCCUCCAAGGUGACCUCGAGCUCUUCGAACGGGGAAGAGUGAUGGACAAGUUUGAGGAACCGGGAGGGGCUUCAAAGGUACUGCUGGCCUCCAUUACGGCUUGUGCUGAAGGUGUUAGUUUGACAGCAGCAUCGCGGGUGAUCCUGUUGGAUUCGGAGUGGAAUCCCUCCAAGAGCAAGCAAGCAAUUGCACGAGCUUUCCGGCCUGGUCAGGCGAAAGUGGUGUAUGUGUAUCAGCUGUUGGCCACCGGCACACUCGAAGAAGAGAAGCACAGUCGGACUACAUGGAAGGAGUGGGUUUCGAGUAUGAUAUUCAGUGAGGAACUCGUGGAAGACCCUUCUCACUGGCAAGCAGAAAAGAUUGAAGAUGAUAUUUUAAGAGAGAUUGUAGAGGAGGACAGAGCCACAUUGUUCCAUAGUAUAAUGAAAAAUGAGAAGGCUUCUAAUGGGGUGGUCAGAGGUACAGAGUAACUUAUGUAUGGUAAUAAACUUAUGUAUGGUAAUAAAGUAACUGUAGAAACCUGUUAUGUACUCGGUUUUAUAAAGUUGAGAGUAAACUGCAAUGUAUGUCAUUUGAUCGGUAUCUUUUUAUAAUGUAUCUUAGAUUUUUCUCAUAACA